AUGACGAAGCUGGCGCAGUGGAUGUGGGGUCUGGCGCUCCUGGGCUCCACCUGGGCCGCCUUGACCAUGGGCCCCACCUUGGGCCUGGAGCUACCCUUGACCCGCCGGGAGGUCCUCUGGCCACUGCCCGCCUAUUUGCUGGUAACUGUUGGCUGCUUUGCCCUGGGCACCGUGGGUUAUCGCGUGGCCACUUUUCAUGACUGUGAGGACGCGGCUCUGGAGCUGCAGACUCAGAUCCAGGAGGCCCGGGCCGAUUUAGCCUGCAGGGGUCUGAGCUUCUAA